UUUUCUCAAAGCAAAAAAUAUCAUGUAUCUACUUCAUCCAGCGUUAUAGAUAAACUCCCACCAAAUGUGCAUACGUUCGAAUGGUUUCCACAAUCGGAUUUAUUACAAAAUUCCAAGACGAAAGCAUUCAUUACGCAUGGAGGAUAUAACAGCUUCCAGGAAGCAAUUUCGGCAGCAGUGCCAAUGAUAAUCAUACCGCUGUUUGGUGAUCAACCCAGAAAUGCAAGACUGGGUGAAAAGCAUCACUUUGCUGUGAGAAUUCACAAAAGCGAUGUUAGCGCGGAUACAGUAGCAGAGGCACUCGAAAAAGUGCUCAAUGACCAAAGCUAUUCAAGUAACAUGACACGGAUAUCAAAUAUGGUGAAAAAGCAGCCGGUAGAUCCUUCCAACCUGCUUGUUUCUUGGGUCAAUUUCGUGGCCGAGUUCAAAACGCUGGACAAUCUUGUACCUGCAGGCAACAAACUAAACUUCGUUCAGUACCACUCUCUUGAUGUCAUCGCAUUUCUUUUUACUAUUGUUGCAGUGCUCACAUUCAUUGCGUAUAAAAUUGUAAAAUUUAUCAUCAAAAGAGCUUUUUCGGCAUUGCCGCGGAGAAAAUAUAAGGAGCAGUGA